AUGGAGGGAGCAGAAGAAGCUGGAGCUGAGAUGAUGGUCGAUUCAAAGGACUUACAGCAACAGAGCAAAGCUCUUGACAAGCUUACCGAUCGCGUUGAGGAUCGCCAGCUCGAUUCUAAUCGUGUUCAAUCGGCUAUGGCUUCGAUUGGUGCUUCUAGGGAGGCUGAUCUUAAUGCUAAGAGAUUGAGAGAGAAGGAACUGGCUUCUGUUAAGAUCAAUGCUGCAGAUGUUGAGCUCAUUGUUAAUGAACUCGAGCUGGAGAAGAAUGUGGUGGAGAGGACUCUAAGGGAGCACAAAGGCGAUGCAGUUGCUGCAACUAGGGAGUUGCUUUCACGUUAUCCUCUUUGA